CAGCAAACAUGAAGGGAAUACUGGUGGCCCUGGUGAUUUUACAGUUGGUACUUCUCAGCAAAGGCUCGAGCUCGCUUCCGAAAACACCAAAGAGUUGUCCGCGAAAUCCAAUGCUCGAAGAAUGGAAGGAAGCUGUGAAACAGAGUCUGGCGACUAAAACAGGUCGGGAAAAGAGACAGUCAGCGGUAAGCAAGUAUCUGAUUGUUGAUAAAAUUUAAACAACGAAAAACACGCUUGUGAGAUCUGCCCAAAAUUUCGGUCAGUGAUUAACCUCUUAUAUCUCGAGUUUUCACUAUUCAGCUUACAAAAAUAUUCAAUGAAACACUUCCUCGUGCAGGCUUAUAUUAUCCCAGCUGUCUGCAUUUUUAUAUUUCUUCUCUAAGAAAAGUUGUUUUUUAUUCAGAUAGUUUUGAUAGAAAUUAUCGAGUGUAAAUUUAUGUUCUAUUUAAAACACGAGUAUAGGAGUGUUUUAUCAGAUAUAAAACGCGAGCCGCAGCCGACAACCUGUGUUUUGAAUAGCUUACCAGGUGAUCUCGUGUUCGUAUUUUAGCCAAUCAGCGCUCAGAAAGGGUUGUCCGAAUAGAAAUCCAUUUUGAUGUAUUCAGUCAAUUAUAUCUUUCGUUAUUCUUUAUGAAACUAGUUGAAAUUUUGUAAUUAUGUUUGGUUAUGAGAACUAUAGCUCUGACAAAAAUAUGGAAUCGAAAUAAAGUAUAUUACGGCAGAUAUUCAGUUGUUUUAAUCACAAAUUGGAUUUCUAUUUGACAACUAGUGCCAGUACUUUUCCGCGCAUCAAGAUCAUCUGGUAAAAUACGACUACAAAAGAUGUCUCAUUAGUAUUCUUUAUAUAUAAGAAUACUAAUUAGGAUGAACAAUUAUAUAAUGUCACAUGUGUUUUAUCAGAUAUACAGUCACUCCUGCACGUGACAUAUUACGGCUGACAUGAUUUGCCACAAGGUUAAUGAAUUAUUAAUGAGUAUUUUACAGUAAAUACAUUUAUUAUACCUUACCAGGCUUCAAGUCAAGUAUUGAAUCCUCUUAUCGACAGUCUUGACUGUUUUAAUUUUACUUGUGGAUUUUCAUUUUGUAAAUGGAAAAUGACAAAGAUUUGAACGUGCCGUACGAUUAUGACUUAAUAAAUUCGAAAUAUUACUGUUCAAUACUAUUUUCAAAUAUUAAGUUUCAAUAACUUUUAUUCGGCGCUUUUUUCGCAACAAGCUCUUUUCAUUUUUGUUUUUCUUUCAAUACAGACUGGCUUCCCUAUUAACUCAUGCUAUAUCUUCGGAUUAUUUGAGUCGCGUGAGGACGAUUACGUCUACAAACCCCUCUCUGAUUGCUGUGAACAAUGUCGCCACCCCAAAUUCGCGAACUGCAUGAAGAGCCAUCAACUCUACCUAUGUGUGAGUCGCGCACACAAAUGCACAUGUGAGUGUCGCGAAAACCACCUGAGCGAACUGGCAGGCUCCGAUAAUACUAGAAGUAUAGAGCUUCAGAGGUUCAAAGGUCCAGGAAUUUGCGAGAAGAAGACGUGCGAUUCCAAACAGUGCUGCGUUGAGAAUCAAUGUGUUAAGCUGAAUGUCCGAAAAGAUCGCACAUAAUAUGAAGAACACGUAUACAAAGAAAAACAUCUCACAUUUUGUUAACUAUUUUAAGAAAAACUGUCUAGCUUUAAUUUAGUCUAUAAAUACGAUAAAUGUAUGCGCAAUAAAGUUCAUUAAAAUGCAGUUCAUCCAGAAAUUGUCGACUGUAUGACUAUGAUUUUACUAAUUAUUACGGUUGAAGAUGUUUAAUUUGAAAGCAAAUUCUAAACCUGAAACCAAUCCCAUCAAGAUGCAUGUUAUAACAUAUAACAACUGGGGGAAUGUAUAGCCCCCCCCCCCCAGUCAGUGCAUGUUUAGUUGGUUUUCUGUAUGUUGUUUUAUUGCAUGCCAAUAAAUAUGAGGAAAAUAGCUGCGGAUUGAGAAGGAUUCAACCAUCUGAAAAAUACAAGUUUCGAAAGCCUCGCUCGAAACGUCGAAGUUUUAAGCCUGUUUUCCCCUUCAACCGUAUCGUAACGUAC